AUGAGAGGUUACAAUUCUCUAAAGAAUGACUUAGCGAAGAAACACCAGGAGAUGGAUGCUGAAACUAAAAAUCAUGCAAUUAAACAAGAACAAGAAAACACUCCCUAUAAAAAAUCAGAAAAAUUUGUUAAUGAAGACCUGACUGAUGUUGCAACACCGGUAAAAGAAACUAUAAAAAAAGAUUUUAGAAUACAAUGUUCUCACGGACUAUUAAAUCAAAAUUUAAAACCAAGAUACGUUUAA